AUGUUGAAAUUACAGACUUUAAUUGGCAUCUCAGCGCUCUUUCUGCAGCUUCAGUGUGUACUUACAAAUCAGAUUAGAGUACCCGGAUAUGUUGACGGUUAUGAUCGAAACACUCUCUUUACAGGCAACAUACAGCUCUGCAAAGGUGUGGCCGAUAAAGUAUUUCUUCCCUUUGUAGGUGACUGCAAGAAAUAUUAUCUUUGCUGGAAUGGUGAGGCCAUUGAGAAAGAAUGUGGAAGGAAUUAUCAAUUUAAUGCCCACAAUCAAAGUUGCAGCUACGCUAAUGAGGAUUUAUGUUUUCCCAAGUGUGAAGAACGUAAACUGACCACCUUUGGCUAUGAUCGCACCUGUACCAAGUACGUUCUCUGUUAUUAUGGUAUUCCUGUGCUGAGGGAGUGCCAGGAUGGAUUGCAGUACAAUGCCGAGACGGAUCGUUGUGAUUUUGCUCAGUAUGUGGACUGUGUGGACAAUGAGUGUAUGAGAUUUGCUGAAAUCACAGAGCUGCUCUAUUUGCCUAGCAAGUCAUCAUGCAGUAACUACUUCCUGUGUGCCAAGGGUAUUCCCAUGAAUAUUACCUGCGCCGAAGGACUACAUUUCAGCACAAAGUGCAACUGCUGUGAUUAUCCGGAUAAGUCCGAGUGUCAGAUUACUUCGUUGAAUCGAAGCAUCCAGCCCUAUUCUCGUUCGCCGCUCCGAAAAGUUGAUAGUGUCUGUCCAAUCAGUGGAAUUCACUUCUUGGCUCAUAAGCAGCGUCGGGAUGCCUACAACUACUGCGUAGAUGGUCAUGGUAUUACCUUGGAUUGUACACCAGGUCUGUGGUAUGAUGCAAGUGUGCAAGAAUGCCGGGAACCCAAAUAUAUAAGUGUAUAUCCCAAAGUAGAAGAAAAAAUUCGGGAACCGAUGCGCCUAAGAAUGAAGUUGCUACCACUUUAUGGAUUGGUCCUAUUCGGCUUGGUCCACUGUGUAUUUCCCCAGAAUAUAUUAAGUCCAAACCCGCCACAUGAAUUGAUUGUGGCGCCCGAACCCGAAGGUGUGGAAAAAGAAGAGCAGGAUGAGGAUGUGGAUCCAGAAAUAAAAAAAUACGGCAUUAUUUUAAAUGGAAUAAAUCUCUGCGCUAAUAUCGCAAAUAAUUCGUUUCUGCCCCAUGUCGGCAACUGUUCCGAUUAUAUAGAGUGUGUUGACCAAAAAGCAAUUCCAGGAAACUGUUAUCAUGAGAAUGUUAUCAAUGAAUUAUGCAUAGACAAUUUAUCAGACUGUAAACUUGGAUUUGAUUACACAUAUCAAGUAUGCAAUAAGAUGGAAUAUGGUGUUAAGUGUAUGCCAGAAUGUGAGGAUUAUAACCUGACCAGCUUUUGCUAUGAUCGCACCUGUACCAAAUACGUUCUCUGUUACUAUGGUAUCCCAGUUCUGAGAGAGUGCAUGGACGGUUUGCAGUACAAUUCGGAGACGGAUCGUUGUGAUUUUCCCGAAUAUGUAGACUGUGUUGAUAACGACUGCUCUCAAGAAAUAACACCAAGAGAUAUUGCUUAUAUUGCCAGUAAGGCUAGUUGUUCAAAGUAUUACAUUUGUUCUUACGGAAAGGCAUUUAGUCAGGAGUGUACAAAUGGUUUGUACUUUAAUCCAGAUACUAACCACUGUGAUUUUAAAUCAAAAGUUGAAUGCAAGGUCACGGCUCAGCAGCGCAACAUUAAGCCCUUUUCUCGAUCGCCACCUCGACGUGCUGAUAUAAUUUGUCCAGAGAAAGGAGUUCAUUUCUACGCCCACAAGAGUCGCCGGGAUGCCUACUACUAUUGUGUACAAGGUAAUGGUGUUACCUUGGAUUGUACGCCUGGUUUGUUUUACGACUCCGAGGCUCACGAAUGCCGAGAGCCACAAUACAUUGGCUAGACCCGUUUUUUGGUACAUCUUUCAUCCAAUCCUAUACAUUUCUGUUGUGUCUAAUAUUAUGAAUUUUUUAAAUACAUGAUUACAAAAUUCUUA